AUGAGUUCUUCAACAAGAGCUUGGGUAGCAGAAGCUAGAAUUGGAGCUGUUGAGGCGUUGAAAGAUCAAGGAAUUUGUAAAUGGAAUUAUGCUUUGAGGUCAAUCCAACAGAAUGCCAAUAACAAUAUCAGAUCAUCUUUUCAAGCUAAUAAAAUUUCUGUUCCCUCUUCUUCUGCUUUGUCAAAGAAGCUGAUGAGAGAUGCUGAGAAGUUGAAGAAAUCAGAGGAAUCACUUAGAACAGUCAUGUAUUUGAGCUGUUGGGGCCCUAAUUGA